AUGGCUUCGUCUGAGGAGUUGGCUGCCUUCACAUUUCUCCCUCUGGGCGGCAUUCUCCAGGAAUUCCGCGUCGAGGGCCGGAACAUCGUGUUGGGAUUCCCCAACGAGAAGCUGUAUCAUAAAUACAAUGCGCCUUAUUUUGGAGCCACAAUUGGUCGCACCACGAACAGACUAAAGGAUGCAACCAUUGGAAACCUCAACGGCCAGUCGUACCGAAUAACCUCGCAUGGCGGGCCUCACUCUCUCCACGGGGGCCGCCACGGCUGGAACUCUAGGAUCUUCAGUGGUCCAAAACCCGUUAAUAAGAAUGGUAGAGAGGGCCUUGAAUUUCGGUAUUUGAGUAAGGAUGGUGAAGAGGGUUACCCCGGGACUGUCGAGUUGAGGGUUUGGUACAGUGCAGCCGAGGAAGCUGAGCAUGGUGGGUCGCAAAAGACGGUACUGGAAAUGGAGUAUGAAGUCGAACUAGUGGGAGACGAAUGCGAUGAGACUGCCAUUGGCGUCACAAACCACAGCUACUUCAAUUUAGGAAAUUAUCCAACCAUUGAAGGCACUGAAGGCCAGCUUGAGACAGAUAAAUACCUUGUCAUUGACUCAGAAGGCAUUCCCACGGGUGAGAUUGCGCAUUACUCGUCAACAGACGUCGUAAGGCCCUUUUUCAUGAACCAGACCUAUCCGGAUAUCGAUGACUGCUUCGUCAUGGACACGGACCCGUCGUCCGUCCCCUUGGACACUCGCCCACGACCUCUGAAGCUACUGGCGUCAUUUAAACAUCUAGCAACAUCAUUUCACCUGCAAGUCUAUAGCACCGAGCCCGCUUUCCAAUUUUAUACUGGCAAGUACAUAGAUGUUCCCGCCGUGGAUGGCUCUCCUGCAUACGGCCCUAGGGCAGGGUUUUGCGUAGAGCCGAGCCGAUAUGUAAAUGCGCCGAAUGUGCCGGCUUGGCGGAAUAUGUGUCUGCUGAAGAAGGGCGAAGUAUGGGGCGCACGAUCUGUGUACAAAGCAUGGAAGUCAUAA